UCCAUUCUUCAUCUCAACUCAACCCUUUUCAACGAUCGAUCCACCGAUCGUUUGUUUGUUUGCAAUCUAUCUUUCGUCGUUUUGUGAUGGGGAAAGUAGCUAUGGGAGUGGCGGUGAUUGGUGCUGCUACAAUUUGUGCUCUGAUUGUGCGCCACCGUAUGCGGAGUUCCGGCCGGUGGUCGAAAGUGGCUGAGAUGAUUAAAGAGCUGGAAGAUAAGUGUGAUACACCUAACGCUAAGUUGAAGCAGAUUGCCGACGCCAUGGCUGUUGAGAUGCAUGCUGGAUUGGCGUCUGAAGGUGGUAGCAAACUCAAGAUGCUUAUCAGCUAUGUCGAUAAUCUUCCCACUGGUGAUGAGGAAGGAGUGUAUUAUGCAUUGGAUCUUGGAGGAACAAACUUCCGGGUGUUGCGGGUUCAAUUGGCGGGGAAAUCCGGUAUCAAAUCGCAAGAGUUUGCCGAAGUGUCAAUUCCUCCACAAUUGAUGGUUGGAACUUCACAAGCACUUUUUGACUACAUUGCAGCAGAACUUGCAAAAUUUGUUGCGGGUGAAAGUGAUAAGUUUCAUCUUCUUCCAGGACGACAGAGGGAGUUAGGUUUCACCUUUUCAUUCCCCGUGAUGCAAUUGUCGGUUGCUUCUGGGGAGCUCAUGCGGUGGACUAAAGGAUUCUCCAUUGAUGAUAUGGUUGGUCAAGAUGUGGUUGCAGAACUAACACAAGCAAUGAAGCGGCAAGGUGUCGAUAUGCGUGUUUCAGCUCUGGUCAAUGAUACGGUUGGAACAUUAGCCGGAGGUAGAUACGACAACAAAGAUGUUGCUAUAGCGGUAAUCUUGGGUACCGGAUCAAAUGCAGCUUAUGUGGAACGAGCGCAGGCUAUACCAAAAUGGCACGGUCCACCCCCUAAAUCCGGAGAGAUGGUUAUCAAUAUGGAAUGGGGUAACUUUAGAUCAUCACAUCUUCCCUUAACGGAGUAUGAUAACACAUUGGAUGCCGAAAGUUUGAACCCGGGCGACCAGAUAUUUGAAAAAAUGAUUUCCGGUAUGUAUCUCGGAGAAGUUCUUCGUAGAGUUUUGUAUCGGAUGGCGGAUGAGGCUGCCCUUUUCGGUGACACGGUUCCUCCCAAACUAAAAACUCCAUACAUUUUGAGGACGCCCGAGAUGUCAGCAAUGCAUCAUGACACAUCCAUGGAUCUCAAAGUGGUGGGGAACAAAUUGAAAGACAUUUUAGAGAUAUCUAAUACAUCCCUUAAGACGAGAAAGGUUGUAGUCGAGCUCUGCAAUAUAAUUGCGACACGUGGAGCCCGUCUUGCGGCAGCCGGGGUUUUGGGCAUUUUGAAAAAAUUAGGGAGAGAUAUCGAGGAGAUGCCAGAAACGGUAAUAGCGAUGGACGGAGGAUUGUACGAGCACUAUACCGAAUAUAGUAAGUGUAUGGGGAACACGUUACAUGAGCUCGUAGGAGAUGAAGUAUCGAAACGUAUUAAGCUUAUACACUCGAACGAUGGGUCGGGAAUCGGGGCCGCUCUUCUGGCUGCAUCACAUUCUCAAUAUUUGGAGGUCAAUGGGUCUUAAAAGAAAGAAAGCACUUAGAUUCACAUAUAAAUUGUUAAAGAUGUUAUGUGUUAUUAUUAUCUUUAGAGAGUCUUGGGGUUUAGAAGAGACUCUUUUGUAGCAAAUUCUUGAAUUAUGGUGUUGUGGAAUGUAUACCAAAUGAAGGGGAUUUGUAAUGUGGGAACUCCUUUCCUAUACAUUCACAUGUGAAUGUUUCUAGAACCCCUUUAUAUCAUUUUAUA